CUUUUGCUAAGUCAGGAAAUGGUGAAACUCUCGGGAACUGAAACAUCUCUACUCAGAUCUGCAAUGGGUUGGUGCCUGCAGAUCAAAAACUCAUAUUGUCUAUGAUGGUUGGAAUACUUGGAAUUGACAUCAGAAUGGCAUCACUCCUGAGGUCCAAGAGAGUGAAGAAGAGGACAAUCAUAGUAGGCUUAAAAUCAAAUAACUGCGGUAGAGAGAUGCUGCUUCAGCUGCUUACUUUGGCUGUAAAGCCAGGGGAUAGUGUGCUGGCUAUUCAUGUUCAAGUUUCAAACGACACUUUUGAUCCAAACACUUUCCACAUCCAUGAAGAUCUCUGCAAGUCUAAGCAGGUGGAUUUGCAGGUUAAGGUUUGUGUUGGAGAGUCGUACAUUUCUGAAUUAACCCGUCAAGUACGAGUAAACUAUGCAACCAUCCUUGCACUUGGAUGCAACACUUCAGGGCCAAGACAGUCAGUCGUUAAUAUUUGUCUGAAAAGGUUGCCUCCCACUUGCUUUCUUCUGGUUUUGGAUAGUAUAGGAAGAAUCCUCGUGGAGAAGCAGGGAACUUCCCAACAAGGCUCUUCAAAGGUAGUCCUCCAAACUUCUCUGUCACUUCCAUUGAACCACACAUGCUAUGAUCAAUCAAUUCCCACCCGGAAUUUGCGAAAAUCAUUGACCACACCAUCCCCCUCAAUGUCGUCAUCAACACCGGAAAUUAAUAAUAACGGACCGUUCAAUGUCAAGAAGACUGUGCAGGUUCCUGACAUUGUCACAACACAAAAACCAUUUCAGAGAUCCAUUAAGCAUUUCACAUCAGAAGAGCUUAGUUGUGCAACUUCCAAUUUUAGCCCUGCAAUGGUAAUAGGAGAAGGUGGCCACAGUAAGGUGUACAGAGCAAACCUUGAGGAUGGUCGUGCUGCAGCCGUGAAAGUCCUUAAAAACACCCAUUCUUCAGCAGAUGAUCUUCUCCGAGAAGUAGGCCUGUUGUCUGGAAUAAAACAUGAGCACAUAGUUCAGAUGAUUGGUUACUGUAAUAACAAGGACAUGUAUGCAAUUGUGUAUGAUCAACUAGAGGGAAGCCUAAAGCAAAAUUUGAGACAACUCUCCUGGAGUGAGAGGAUGGUGGUCGCGAUUGGUCUGGCGAAGGCAUUGCAGUACCUUCAUCAUUCUUGCAACCCCCCUGUCAUUCAUAGAGAUGUGAAAUCAUCUAACAUUCUCCUCUCUGACAAUUGUCAACCACAACUGACAGAUUUUGGAUCAGCAUUGGUGCUUCAUCAAUCUCAUCAAGCAAAGCCCUUUAAUGUUGUUGGGACCUUCGGAUACAUGGCCCCUGAGUACAUGAUGUUUGGGACAGUUGAUGAGAAGACAGACGUGUACUCCUUUGGGGUUGUGCUUCUGGAACUCAUCACUGGCAAAGAGGCAAUUCAAACCAACCUGAGGGAAAAUCUUCAAAGCUUAGUGCUUUGGGCAAGGUCUUUACUCAGCUGCGGCUUAUGUGAACGUUUAAUAGACCCUACCCUUCUUGAAGACUACAAGAAGGAAGAGAUGGAAACAAUGAUGUUUGCAGCACGCCUCUGCCUCUUGCAUUCAUCUCCUGAAAGGCCAACAAUGGAAAUGAUACUGAGGUUAUUUGAGGAGCCAGAAUACAGGCUAAAGAUGCACGAGAGAGAUAAGUCCCUGGAUGAGAAUAGUUCUAGAGGUGAAAGAGGCUCAUGGAGACAUGAUGACUCAGUCACUGAUGAAUCUAUAGAUGAUUGUAUUCAGUCUCUUCAAGCUUUUUAGUCAGCUUAUAUAUAUAAAAAAUUAUCUGAAAAUGCAAGCUCAAUUACCAAUUGCUCUGUAGUUUGUUUAGAUAAUUAUAUCAAACAAAAGACCUUUUAUUAGGCCAUCUCUGCCCUGUAAACGAGUCACACAUAUAAUCAUAUAUG